GUAUUUCGUACUCGAGCACUGACGUCCAAGAUUUUGUUCCUCAGUCGGACCAUGUCCACGAACCGCAUCGACGAGCCAUGUCUUCACAUCGAGAAGGAGUGAAUCCUCUACGGCCUUAUUACAUUCCCCCGACAAUCGGCGAGUCGCCCGAUCCCACUUCAUCGCCAAUACCCAAUCCGUUCUCCCGAGGAAAUGCGCCCGGCGACCGAUACGCGUCGAAGGCGCGGGACCUCUUCUCGGACCUCGACUACAAAGAAUACAUCAACGAGCCGUCCUCUUCAGCAGUCGAGACCCUCAAGGAGCUCAUAGACGAGCUGCUAUGGAAAUACACGUCCGUGUUGAUGGCCCAGCCUUUCGAGGUGGCCAAGACAGUCCUGCAAGUCCGAAGCUACGACGAGGACGCCGAUACCAUCACCCCGGCCAUCACGCCGCUGCCCACACCCACGGCGGCCGACAGGGCCCACAGCGGCUACGGCCACGGCCACGGCCACGAUUCGUCGACGUACGGCUACGCAGACUCCGAUUCGGAUGCCGACGAGCCCGCUUACUUCACGUCCCAUAUGCCCGGGACGCCCACCCCCUCGCAGUCACAGCGGGGGCGUCGGAACAGGCAGGACCCGUCGUUCGGCGCCGCACAACAGCCAUCGCGGUCUUCUCCCAAGAGCGCGGCGGUGCGUCCCCAUCAACUGAAUCUCCGUCUCCCGGACUCGGUGACGGAGGCGAUCGGGCAGUUGUGGCAGAAAGAAGGGGCGUGGGGCGUCUGGAAGGGAUCCAAUGCUACUUUCCUGUACACGGUCCUCACGUCGGUGCUGGAGAACUGGUCGCGCAGUGCCCUCAGUGCGCUUUUUAAUGUUCCGGAUCUGGGGGUGAAGGAUGACAUUGACAGAUUGAUUGAUAUUGCGUCCCCUUAUCCGUGGGCGUCCUUGGGUGUGGCAGCCGCGGCGGCUGUUGCGACGGGUUUGAUCCUAGCACCGCUCGAUAUGGUGCGCACGAGACUCCUCGUCACCCCAUCUUCCAAGGGCCCUAGACGGACGCUAUCAACGCUGCGUGCUCUCCCUUCGUAUCUCUGCCCGCCUGGGCUUGUCGUGCCCACGAUUCUGCACUCGCUCGUGCAUCCCCUCCUAACCUUGUCAACCCCCCUCGUUCUACGGACACGCUUCAUGAUCGACAGCCAAAUCUCACCAACGACAUUCUCAGUGGCCAAGUUCUUCGCCUCUUCGGCGGCCGUGUUCGCGAAGCUUCCCGUCGAGACAGUACUCCGACGGGGCCAGGUGGCCAUCCUCUCCAGCGCGGCGUACAUGCGGGCGCUGCAACCCCAGGAGAAGGACGCGCGCCUCGACACGGUGGUCCCGCCGGGCCGGUACGACGGCGUGACGGGCACGAUGUUUCACAUCGUCAACGAGGAAGGACGCCGCGUUGUGGCUAAGCCGGCGCCGGCGGCUAAGAGUGGCCGGGGCAAAGCGAAGGCCAAGGCGGGGGAGGCUGUGUAUCGUCAAGGGCAAGGGCUGGAUGGUCUAUGGAGAGGGUGGAAGGUGAGCUGGUGGGGCCUGGUAGGGCUGUGGGCAGCUGGGGUGAUCGGCAACAGUGCCGAGGGCGAGUUCUGAAUGGCCUUUUGGGCAGCAGAAGAACAUUGUGCCGAUGUAAUCACCAAGCAGGGCGUUUUCUGGGGUCUGGGACUUUUUUUUUUUUUUUUUUUUUUU